AUGCAUCUCCCCACCCUCCUCACCCUCACAGCAACCUCCCUCCUCACCACCACGACCUCCGCCAACCCAGCGCCCGCACCCCGCGACGACCGCCCAACCCUCCUCUGCCCCACCUCCUCGUCUUCCCACCUCCCCGGCUACACAUUCACCUUCCUCCCCACCCUCUCCUACACCUUCCUCCUCAAUUCCCCCACCACCGUCGGGCAAAUCUGCACCGCCGGCGGCACCCUGGUCGCCCACGCCCUGGGCCAAUCCCUCACCGGUGGUGACAACGCGCCCGUGUCAUGGGGGAUUGAACCGCGGGAUUUGUCAGAAGAGGCGGGAUAUGUGGCGGGGGUGUUGGUGGUGAGGGCUGUUGGGGGGGUGUUGGAUAAGUUGAAUGAGUUGGUGGGGAAUCGGACGUCGGGGUUUUAUGUUGGGCAGGAGGAUUUGUGGGCGAGACAGGUGGCGGAGCAGGUUGAUGAGAAGUUUGAGGUUACUUUGAGGGAGGAUAUUUGA